UCAAUAUGCAUAAGCAGUUUCUUCCGAUGAAUAGAAAGUUUAUGAGACAGCAGGAGAUAGCAACUCCUCUCGGGUUGCAUAGUUAAAGAAAACCGCUAUGUAAGAAGAAGAAAGGAAUUGUAUCGUAUGCUGCGUGCGAUCCAGGGAAGCAGAAACUUUUUCGUUAACCGCUUUGUAAGAAGAGGAAGAAGAAGAAAGGAAUAGUAUCGUAUGCUGCGUGCAAUCCACGGAAGCAGAAACUUUUUCGUUAGUAGCUUGCAUCCGCAGCUAACAAAUUCCAUCCCAUCCAAGCGAGAAAGAAAAAUAAGGUCGGAGAGGUGCAAAAGACUCGUAUGCAACCUGAGAUACAUCGUCCAUUGAACCUCCAGCACCACCAUAUUCUGACAACAAUAAUCAUGGUUGUCGAGGCACUUCUCUCGUCCUUCUUGGAAAUUCUGAUCGGCUCAACGAAGAAUAGCGUAGUCCGGCAGAUAGGUGGUGUCUGGGGUCUGGAGGAGGACCUGGAAAAGCUUGAGAGGACGUUGUUGCGGAUUCAAUCCAUCGUUGGAGAUGCAGAGGAGCAGCAGAUUAAGGACACUGCCGUCAAAAAUUGGUUGACGGCACUCAGGGAUGCGGCCUACGCUGCAGAGGACGUUCUCGACGAAUUUAAUCUCGAAACCCUCAGGAAGAGUAACAGAGCAAUCGAGAACAAGAUGAUGGGCAAGGUCAGUGACUUCUUUUCAUCCCAUAAUCCACUUUAUUUUCGAUUCAAAAUGGCAAGGAAAUUGAACGAAGUAGUAAAGAGUAUAGAUGAGAUUGCAGCAGAGAGUCGUAAGUUCAAUUUUGCAGUUCGCACACAAGAGCAAACCCCCCCAACUGUACGACAAACACACUCUUAUGUCGUGGAAUCGGAUGUUAUUGGUAGAGGCGAGGAGAAGGAUGAGAUAGUAAAGCUGCUAAUAGAACAGCAGGAUGAGAAUGAGAAGAUUGCAGUCCUCCCUAUAGUUGGCAUGGGAGGAUUAGGAAAGACUACCUUAGCUAAACUGAUCUACCAAGACAAGCGGGUGGAGAGGCAUUUCCAAUUGCGUAUUUGGGUUUGUGUGGGCUCUGUUUUUGAUCUGGGAGAGAUUCUUAAAGCGAUCAUCAGUUCCGCCACUGGGAGACAGAGCGACCUGAAAUUUAUGGACAUGUUACAAUGCAGUGUUCGAGAUGUAUUGGCCGGGAAAAGAUAUCUGCUUGUGUUAGACGACGUAUGGAAUGAAGACUCAUCGAAGUGGGACGACUUAAAAGCGCUGUUAGCUUGCGGAGGAGACGGAAGCAGAGUUGUUGUGACCACGCGUAGUGAUGGAGUGUCGUCCAUGAUGGGUACGCUCACCACUCACAAGCUGCCAUUCCUAUCUGAAGAAGAUUCAUGGGAUUUGUUCAGGAGAAGAGCAUUUCCAAGCGGACAAGAUGAUGAUAAGCAGCAGCAUCAAAAUCUGGUGGAGAUUGGAAAAGCCAUUGUAACAAAGUGUGGGGGAUUGCCUCUCGCAGUGAAGGCCCUGGGCAGCAUGAUGAGCUACCAGAAUGAUGAAAGGGAGUGGUCUGCUAUAAAGGAAAGUAGCAUCUGGGCUACCAAAGUCGGUAGUGAUAUCCUACCUGCACUGCUUCUGAGUUAUAAUGACUUGCCUUCGCACCUGAAGCGAUGCUUCGCCUUCUGUGCCAUAUUCCCCAAAGAUUACGAGAUAGAAGUUGACAUGUUGAUUCGACUGUGGAUGGCUCAGGGGUUUAUUCCAUCGGAAGGAACAGCAGAACCGGAGGUUAAAGGCCACCGAAUUUUCAUGGAGCUACACAAGAGAUGCUUCUUUCAAGAUGUACGCCGAGUUAAAGAACGUAGAUACGUAGACUUCUUGGGUAAUAUCAUGCAUGAUUAUUUUCGUUGGAGAGAUUAUGAGUUAGAAGUCAAAGGAUAUUGCAGUUUGAGAACAUGCAAGAUGCACGACCUCAUUCAUGACCUUGCACAACAUAUAUCGGGAGAAGAAGGUGUCGCGUUGCUAGCGCCAUACACUGCCACAGAACCAAGGAAGGAUGUGCAUCACUUGUCCUUACCAGGAACCUACUCGUCUUCCAAAAUCCACGAGACGCUGGGGAAAUUUCCUGCCCUGCGGACGCUACUGGUACGAGAUGCAUAUUUUGGAAAAGCUGUGGACAACAUUUCAAGACCGGCCAAAUUAAGAGUGUUAGGAUUCCAUAAUUUAAAUGCUACGAUGUUGCUAAUGUUAGAAUAUGUGGCCUUUUUAUUGAAUAAGAUAUAUAAUAGAAUUGGGUUCCGUUGCGAUAUUUUAGCCAAGACUAAGUCCAUUACGGAACGAUUCCUCGGAGUGAUCCUGUGAAAGGAUAGGAAGAGAGGAGAAAGGGUCUACUCUUCGCACUCCCUGCAGAUUCCGCAGCGCGAUCGGAUUAAAGACGGAGCCUGCAGCAAUCUUGGAUCACGGUGCUGAGCAGAUCAAACAAGAUCUCUGAACGGAUGGCUUCAAAAGCUAAAUCUAGCACAACAUCUCAAGCAUGUCAGAUUCCUGGACAUUUCUUACUCUAAAAUAGCGGAGUUACCUGAAGCUAUCACCACGCUGCUCAACUUGCAGACGUUGAAGCUUUCUGGAUGUCGACAGCUACGUAAGUUACCAAGUAAGAUGAAGAAAAUGAGUAAUCUCAGGCAUCUCUUUCUCGAUGAAUGUACGGAGCUGAGGGACAUGCCCGAAGGCCAUCUCAGGGGAGAUUAAGCUGCUUGCACACAUUGUCAAAAUACAUCGUGGGUGUUGGUGCUGGGAGAGGAAUAGGACAGCUAAAGGAGUUAAACCUUUCAGGCAAACUAGAGAUAUAUGGCCUGGGAAAAGUGAGAGAUGCUGCAAAUGCAAGAGAAGCUAAUCUCCAUUCUAAACGAGACCUACACUCUUUGGCACUAUGUUGGGGAGUUGUCGAAUGGACCGAGGAAGAAUCACUUUCCGAGAAUGUUGAGACGAGAGCUGAGAAUAGCGAGGCGUUAUUGGAAGCACUGGCACCACCCGACGGCAUAAAGGUCUUAUCGAUCUGGGGCUACGGAGGAGUCAGGUUUCCGACGUGGUCAUCAGAUGAGCAAUUGUUGAGUCGGUACCAGCUGCUGGUGGAGAUUCAUCUCGGUGGAUGCAGAAAUUGCCAUCAUCUCCCUUCGUUUUGGCUGCUGCCCUCGCUCGAGGUGCUAUGUUUAAAACAUAUGGAUUCCCUGAAGCAUAUCAUCCGUGGUGAAGGUGGAGGUGAUUGCAGAGAACAAACAUUCCCGGCAUUGAAAAGGCUGGUUCUGGAGGGGAUGCCAAGCUUGGAGCAAUGGUGGGAGGUGGAGGGUGGCGGAGCAGUGGAGGAGGGGAAGUGCUUCCCGCACCUUGUUGAGCUAAGAAUCUCAGAGUGCUCGAAGUUGGGAUCAAUGCCACGGUUGCCUUCCCUCAAAUUUCUGGGUAUGCCGAGCGGCAACAGGAUGUUGUUGGGAUCGAUUGAGAACCUGAGCACAUUAGCCGUCCUCUUGAUUUACGCUGAUAGUGCAACUGUAGAUGGCGAGACACGUUUUACCUUUCCUCGUGAUCUACAGUUCCUUGAAGAAUUACGUAUCGUUGGACGCAACGAGAUCGAGAUACAGGGAGAGGACACGAAGGCAUCAUGGAGUAUAGGGCUUCGACGAUUGAAUGCUGUUAACUGCGAUUGGUUGUUCUCAUGAAGGCGGUCCAUGUUUUGGAAAAGCCUCGUCUCCAUUCACACUCUGACAAUCGAUUCUUGUGAAGAUCUGAGGACGUUCCCUGAGGAGUUUCAAGGCUUGAAGUCCUUGAAAUCAUUAGUUGCAAUGGAUUGUGGCAACCUGAUUGAUUUCUCGCCUGCACUUCCAUCAUCAUCAACAACAAUACCAAUUGGACUCCCACCGGAGCUAGAAGAUCUUUGCAUCAUUGAAUGUGGGAGAUUGAGAAAAAUGCCUAGGUGCCCCACGUCCCUCAAAAGACUCAAUAUUCUUGAUUGCAUAGGUCUAACUUCAUUAACAGAAGACAUUGGUCAGCUCACCUCUCUCGAGAGUUUAUUAAUUGAUGAUUGUCCAAACCUACUGUCCUUGCCGCUUGAACUACAACAACUCACGAUGCUUCAUCGGGUGCAUAUCGAGGUUUGCCCGAAGCUUAAAUCAUUACCCCAAGAUUUGUGGCAGUAUCUCUCCGGCCUCCGAUCCUUAAUGAUUCUGAAAUGUCCAAUCUUGGAGAAACAAUUCACAAAAAAAAAAAAGAGGAGGGAAGGCAUCUAAGUGUCACGCAUUCCAGAAUCAACAAUUAUGGAAGGUAGCAAAGCUUUCUCUUUUAAUUAGCAUUUAAAUUUUAGUGCAUGCAAAAGUUGCCUAUGAGAUUAAUCACAAUAUUGUUAUCAUAAUAACUCUUAAAAUAUAUCAAUGCAAAUUAAAGUUUCAACUAAUAGUUAGUCUGGAGGAGGGGACAAGUUGGUUCAAUAAAAUCCCAAGUAAACUAGUGAACACUUGGGUAAGAGGCAGAAAGACAGAUUUUGAGGAUUUGAUUUUAAUACUUUGCAGUGAUUUGACAAUAUAUUUACCAAUCAAACUAGCUAGCACAUUCAUAGAUGGUAAAGUUGGAUUAAGAAAAUAGUUUAUCUUCUUUUUUUUUUUAUGAUAAGCAUACAUUAAUUCUUAGUUUAAAUACUGAUUAUUUACCCGAAAACAGGUUUUAACAAUUGUAAAGUAAAAAAUCUUUUUAAGGGAUUGUAGAUGCUAUCACUUCAUUGGUUGUAUGAAAUUAUUUCAAAAUUCAAUACUUUUAAUUUUUAAAUUGGUACAUUGUAUUCGGUCACAUGAAUGUCUAGGGACAAUCAUGAAGUGCCAUUCUGUUUUCAUGUUCAUAGAUGAUAUCACUUUAUUGAUUGUACAAAUUUUUUUGAAGUUUUAAUACUUCUAUUUUAAAAAAUAUAUAUAUAUUUUUUCAAAUUCUAAAAAUAACAUCAGUAUGUUGAGCAUGGAGUAGGGUGACAUUGCACAUACAAAUGGUAAUAAAUCUUCUGAAUGUUUGAUGCUUCAUGUGUCUUUUUGGGUUACGGCUGCUUAAUUGUUUCUAGAUAUCUUUUACUGUGAAACUGUUGAUAUAUUGCAGGAACUACAUUCCAGCAUUAUGCACUGAAGCAUGGAAAUAGACUCGAAGACUCUGUACAACAGGGUUGAAGAAAUCUCAUAUGCUAUGCAGUUAGGAAAAUCUCAUUCGUUAUGCUUAUCGGUUUCUACGUAAUAGUCUUUGGAAUAUAUAUAUGUAUAGCAUGAAGAUAAUAGGGUGACAAUAGUCGCCCUGGUUGUUCGAGAAGAGGUUGACCUUCUCAUCUUGAUCUUUUGAUUCACGUCCAUGUUGUCUUGUUGGUGAGUGUUUUAAACAAUUGUAUCAAUAAUCAUGACAAACCCUAAACAUUGGUAGGGACACCGAAGUUCUGAUCCUUUUACAUGCGCAUAAUUUUUAUA